GCUUGUUCUCUAUAAAACCCUGACGCUCUUUCAGGACGGACACAUUGACGAAGCAGAAGCCGAGACGUGAGGAGCUCUGAACGACUGAAGAACAAGACAAACAGCACACCAGCACAACAGCACACCGCUCAGAAUGUUUGCUCUGUGUAUUUGCCUGUUGCUGACCCCGGCCGCCCUGGUCCGCGGCUCCCUGAUGGACGCGCAGAUGGACUUCGGCUUUAAGGUCUUCUCAGGACUGUCGCAGGACCGGUCCAACCAGAGCGUGGUCUUCUCUCCGUUCGGAAUUACCGCGGUGAUGUCCCUGGCUCAGCUGGGCGCCGGCGGACACACGCACAAGGCUCUGACCGCCGCAAUGGGAUUUUCUAUGAGAGAGCGAGGCAUGGCCCGGCAGCAGCGUCUCCUCCAGAGGGACGUGUCCGCGGAGGAGGGCGUGGACGUUGCCACCGGGGUCCUGGUGGAGAGAAAGAUGUCCAUAGAGAAGGGCUACAGACGAGCCCUGGCCAAAGCCUUCCUCACACACCCUCACCAGGUGGACUUCAGCCGGCCGGAGGAGGCGGUCAGCAUCAUCAACGCCUGGGUCUCCGACAACACCAACGGAGCCAUCUCAAACUUCCUGGCUAACGGUUCUCUGACGGAGGAGACACGUUUGGUGAUGCUGAACGCGCUGCACUUCCACGGGCUGUGGAAGGUCCCGUUCGACCCCCGGCUCACCCAGGAGAGGAUGUUCCUGUGCGCCAACGGGACCCAGACCCCAGUGCACAUGAUGAGGCUCACAGACCGCUUCCACUACGGGGAGUUUGUGACCGCCGGGGGAGUGGACUACGACGUGAUCGAAGUGCCCUACGAGGGGGACUCACUGAGCAUGCUCCUGGUCUCUCCAUUCGAACGUGACGUCCCUCUGAGCGUCCUGUCCACAGAGCUGACCAGUCACACCCUGAGGAGGUGGAGAGAGGGGAUGAGACUGGUCAAGAGACAGCUGGCCAUGCCCAGAUUCACUCUAGCAUCUGAUCUGGACAUGAAGAAGGUGCUCAGCAACAUGGGACUGGGAAACAUGUUCAACCUGGCAACUGCGGACUUCACACGCAUCACCACUGACGAGAGACUUUGUGUGUCCAAGGUUCUGCAGAAAGUCACAUUAGAAGUCAAUGAGCACGGCACCAAGGGAGCAGCAGCCUCAGCUGCCGUCAUGUUUUCGCGGAUGGCAGUGGAGGAGAUCACUCUGGACCGGCCCUUUCUCUUCAUGGUCCAACACAAACACACAGGAGCGGUUCUGUUCAUGGGACAGUUCAACCAGCCUCAGCCCUGACACGGACCAGCCUGGAAGUGAAUUCUUCAGCCAGGAACUUCGUCAAAGAGGGACUCGGCUUUGAGCUAAAUCAAGCCUCAUUCACACAUGCGACCUGACCCUGCAUUUUGCCACAACAGGGUCACGUGUGAACGAAGACACAACUGAUGUUAAUGCAUUUUUGAGCUGGUAAUUCCCCUGGUAAUUAACUACUGGGAAAUGAUACUUUGCAGCUGAUAAUGGAAGGCACUGCUCUGUUAGAAGCUCGGAUUCUGAGCUUUGUUUUAACAUGAAGAACUGAAUUAGUUGGAACUACAACACGUGAUCUGAUUUAUGCACUUAAAACUCACUCUAAGAUUUACACAAACUUUAUAGAGCCAUAAGGGAAAUUAUUUGGACACAGUAGCUCACAAAUCACAAUAUAAUAUAAUAACAGAGUACCGUAUUUUUAGGACUAUAAGGUGCACGGAUUAUAAAGUGCACAAUAUCAGUAAUGUUGAAUUGUCUCGUCUAUUUUCAUAAGGAUUAUAAGGUGCAAUAAGUGAAACAAAAGUCAGAUACAUCAAACUUUAUUCAUUCAUUCACAACAACUCUCAACAUUGUUCAGUUGUAACACAUAAAACACAAAACAAUGCACUCACUUUUACAGUUCAUUCCUCUUCCACAAAUCCAAAUUCUUCAUCUUCAGUGUCUGAGUUUAAAAGGUUUGCGAUUUCGGCAUCAAGCCCAGAUCACAUUCCACUUUUCCGAAUCAGUCUCGUCGCUGUUACUUCUCUGUUCAGUGAUGAUUCGAGCCUUGGUGAAAACUCGGACGACACUUGAAACUGAUCCCUAAGCCCAGGCGUCCACGAUCCGUCGGCAGAUUGUGCUUCCCUGUCUUGGUGAAUGUGUAUUACUCCAUGAGGCUCCUGACUUCAGCAGCCGUAAUGCUCCAACAUUCCAUCAAGUCUGUAGUUUAUCAAAGUUGUACAAAAAUAUUUGGACAGAUUUUUGAGCCCCGUGUACCACAUAGGUUCAGGUUCAGGUCAGUAAGCACAACCAGAAUUAAUACGUAAGGUGCACUGGAUUAUAAAUCGAAGAAAAAAAAAGUGCGCCUUAUAGUUUCAAAUACACACAAAAAAAUAUAAAAUUACACAUAAAAUUACAGUCACAAGUUCAGUUAGUCGCAUUCACCUUUUUGAUGAAAACACCUAAACAGGACCAUGAACUCUUGUAUCGAUCACAUGCUCCUGAAAAUGUGUUGUUCAAAUCUGUUUACAAUUGUUUCUUCUAUUUUAAAACCUAAUUUUGGCUGUAUGUGCUAAUGUGUGCAUUGCCUCACCAUGGCAACUGCUGAACAUUCUGCCAAUAGAGAUACAUGUAGAACACCCCCCGUGUGACGUCACUGCAAAGUAUCAAUAAGUGUGAAUGAAGCCAGAAAAUUGCCGGGACAACCACUUUGUUUCCUAAGUAACAACUUUGGUUUCCCUGGUUAUGAGUUCGGUUACCCUGGUUACGCUACAUGGUUACAUUCCAUUGUCAGAGAGCACAGAGUUAGAUGCAGACCCAGGAAAUGUUCUGGGACUUGUGCAUGUGUGAAUGGGGCUUAAGAGACUAUAUUUUAUUACUCUAUUUAACUUCUUGAGAUGUUUAUUCAGAAAAAUGUUGCACCUUCAUUCUUCAAACUAACUUUAAUAUCUGGGAGCUCUUGUACAGACAUGUUUGUAUAUUUGUGGUAUUUAUUUUGUAUUUAAAUAUUUUUGUAAUAAAAUUUUAUAAACAAG